AUGGCCGCGGUUGCGGCUGCGUGGCUGCCGCUGGCCCGCGCAGCUGCCGUGGGAUGGAUUCCGGUGGCCAGUAGGCCGAUGCCGGAAGCCCCGCAAGAACCGCAGCGCUGCAAAGGCGGCAUAGUUGUGAUCAAUGUGAGCGGGAUCAGAUUCCAGACUUGGCGAGACACGUUGGAGCGCUACCCUGACACCCUGCUGGGCAGCUCUGAGAGGGACUUCUUCUUCCAGGAGGAGCGCGACGAGUUCUUUUUCGACCGAGACCCGGACUUGUUCCGACACAUCCUCAACUUCUACCGGACGGGCAGGAUGCACUUCCCUCGCCAGGAGUGCAUCUCGGCCUUUGACGAAGAGCUCACCUUCUUCGGCAUCAUUCCGGAAGUGAUCGGGGACUGCUGCUACGAGGACUACAAGGACCGGCGCAGGGAAAACCAGGAGCAGAUUCAGGAUGACGAGGAAAGGGACACGAGCCACGAGCAGGUCUUGCCGGACAUGAACUUCCGGGAGUCCAUGUGGCGCGCCUUCGAGAACCCGCACUCGUCCACCACGGCGCUGGUCUUGUACUACGUCACGGGCUUCUUCAUUGCCGUGUCCGUGCUCGCCAACGUGGUGGAGACGGUACCGUGUGGCGCCAGCGUCAAGGCCCUGCCGUGCGGGGAACGCUUUGCUUUGGCCUUCUUCUGCCUGGACACGGCGUGCGUGAUGAUCUUCACGGUGGAGUACGUGCUACGCCUAGUGGCCGCGCCCUGCCGCUUUAAGUUCGUCAAGAGCGUCAUGUCGCUCAUCGACGUGGUGGCCAUCAUGCCCUACUACAUCGGCCUCGUGAUGCCCGACAACGAGAACGUGAGCGGCGCCUUUGUCACGCUGCGCGUCUUCCGCGUCUUCCGAAUCUUCAAGUUUUCGCGCCACUCGGCGGGCCUGCGCAUCCUGGGGUACACGUUGAAGAGCUGCGCCUCCGAGUUGGGCUUCCUCCUCUUCACGCUCACCAUGGCCAUCAUCAUCUUCGCCACCGUCAUGUUCUACGCCGAGAAAACCUCCAAAGCUUCCGCCUUCACCUCCAUACCUGCGGCCUUCUGGUACACCAUCGUCACCAUGACUACGCUGGGGUACGGCGACAUGGUUCCAAACACCAUCAUGGGUAAGAUCGUGGGGUCUAUCUGCUCGCUGAGCGGCGUCCUGGUCAUCGCGCUGCCCGUGCCCGUCAUCGUGUCCAACUUCAGCCGCAUCUACCUCCAAAGCCAGCGCGCUGAGAAGAGGAGGGCGCAGAAGAAAACUCGUCUGGCCAGAAUUUCUGCGGGAAAGAACGCCGGAGCCAACGCUUACUUGCGCUACAAACAGCUGACCGACGCCGACCCAGAGGCGUCCAAGCAGGCGGGGGAGGCGCUGGUGUGCAAGGCCAACAUGGAGGUGCAGCGCCAUCACCUCCUGCACUGCCUGGAGAAGACCACGAACCACGGCUUUGUGGACCCAAAGACGAUGGAGUCGAGCCGCUCUGAGGGGAAGCCACUGAGGAAGGUGUCUUUGUCGUCCUCCUCCUCGCCUAACACCUUCACUUCCUGCUGCGCCCGCAAGACCUUUGACCUCCACAGCUCCACCAGCAGCCAUCUGCUGGACGUCCGUGUGGAGCCACAUUUGACCUACAGUCGUUCCAGAUUGAACGCCAAAUUCCAGGAAGUCCUCCCGCUAAAAUGCGAGAGGCCGUCCAUCAACAGCCUGACUCCGCUCAGCAGUGCGCGCGAAGGCAACUCUGACGCAGACCUUUACCGGACGGACGCGGUGCACGUUUCUGAGCUUUGA